AUGGUGUCAAAGUUAAUUUUGUUCGCCUUUUUAUCGUUCUUGGUCACUACUGGGAACUCCCAAUCCGGUGAUGCUGCGGUAAUGCAAGAAUUGAAGAAGAACAUAAACGCGCCGAGUUCACUCGGUUGGACUGAUUCGGACCCCUGCAACUGGAAGAACGUUCAGUGCUCUAAAAAUGAUAAACGGGUCACCCGGAUCCAAAUUGGGCGUCAGGGUCUCAAAGGGUCUCUUCCACCUAACCUCAAUAAUCUCACUUCUUUACAGUAUUUUGAAGUACAGUUAAAUGAACUCACUGGGUCACUCCCGAGUCUCGCCGGUUUGUCUUCGCUCCAGUCCCUCCUGCUCAAUAACAACAAUUUCACCUCUAUACCACCUGAUUUCUUUAAUGGUAUGACUUCAUUACAGCAAGUUUACUUGGAUUAUAACCCCUUUUCGUCCUGGGGAAUUCCGGAUAGUCUUAAGAGUGCAUCGACUUUGCAAACAUUUUCUGCAAAUUCUGCUAAUAUUUCUGGGCCGUUACCUGAUUUUCUUGUGGGCGAUACAUUUUUGAGCCUGGUAAAUUUACAUUUAGCCUUCAAUUAUCUCGAAGGCCCUUUGCCUUCCACAUUGUCUGGCUCACCCAUACAGACUUUAUGGCUAAAUGGUCAGAAUAGUAAUUCAAGAUUAAAUGGUUCUAUCGCUGUUUUACAAAACAUGACUCAAUUGACUGAGGUUUGGUUGCACGGAAACUCAUUCUCAGGUCCCUUACCGGACUUUACAGGCUUAACCCAGUUGCAAAAAUUGAGUUUAAGGGAUAAUAGUUUAACAGGCCCGGUGCCAACAUCUCUGGUUGGACUGAAAUCACUGAUGGUGGUGAAUUUAACCAAUAAUAUGUUGCAAGGGCCAACCCCGAAAUUUAGUAAUUCAGUGCAGGUGGAUAUGGAGGAGGAAACUAAUAGUUUCUGUUUACCUGGUCCUGGGGUUGAAUGUGAUUACAGAGUUAAUAUCUUGCUUUCUGUGGCUCGGGACUUGGGGUAUCCGAGAACGUUUGCUGAGAACUGGAAAGAGAACGAUCCAUGUAUAUGGAUGGGGAUCACUUGUAAUGGUGUGAACAUUACUGUGAUCAAUUUUCAAAGAAUGAGUCUCACUGGGACAAUUUCUCCUAAUUUUUCGGAAAUCACAUCACUGCAGAAGUUGGUUUUGGCUAAUAAUAAUUUGACCGGAACUAUUCCAGAUGAACUAACCAACUUGCCAAAUCUUAAAGAGUUGGACAUUACGAAUAAUCAUAUUUAUGGGAGAGUUCCAAGUUUUAGAAGUAAUGUGUUUGUGAAGACUAAUGGAAAUGUUAAUAUUGGGAAGGAUGCUCUGCCUACAAAUUCCCCUGUUGGGAAGCCCUCUGGGAAUUCACCUGAUUCGUCUUCUGAUGGUGGUAGAGGAGCAGAGGGUAAUGAAGAAAAGAAAUCAUCCACUGGAGUGGUGGUGGGAUCAGUGAUUGGUGGUGUUUGUGCACUUGUCUUUGCCGGGGCCUUGGUUUACUGUUUCUAUAGAACGAAAUGCAAGCGUUCUGGUAAAGUUCAAUCUCCUAAUGCCCUGGAUUUACAUCCUCUUCACUCAGGGUCAGAAGAUGCUGCCAAGAUUACUAUUGCUGGUUCAAGCAUUAAUGGUGGGACGAGUGAGACUUAUAGUCACGGAAGCAGUGGUCCAAGUGAUAUUCAUAUUAUUGAGGCCGAUGGGAAAGCUUCACUUGUUACUAGAUUAGCUGGAACCUUUGGAUAUCUUGCUCCAGAAUAUGCAGUGACGGGUCGAGUGACUACUAAGAUUGACGUCUUCAGCUUUGGUGUGAUUCUAAUGGAGAUGAUCACAGGAAGUAAAGCUUUAGAUGAAACCCUUCCGGACGAUAGACAACAUCUGGUCCCAUGGUUUCGAAGGGUGCUCCUCGACAAGGACAACUUCCGCAAAGCCAUUGACCCAACACUUGAUCUGCAUGAAGAAACUCUGGCUAGUAUCAACACCGUCGCUGAGCUGGCAGGUCACUGCUGCGCUCGGGAACCUUAUCAAAGGCCCGACAUGGGUCAUGCAGUCAAUGUGCUUUCGUCUCUUGCUGAACUCUGGAAACCAACGGAACCUACUGAUCCAGACGACGUAUAUGGAAUUGAUUAUGAUAUGACAUUACCUCAAGCAGUGAAAAAAUGGCAGGCUCUCGAGGGAAUGAGUGGCAUGGAUGGUAGCACUGACAACACUCAAAUGAGUAUACCCACUAGGCCAUCAGGGUUUGCAGAUUCUUUUACCUCUGCAGAUGGUCGAUGA